UGUAUAAUGUGUGAUCGGCUUAGCUUUUGUAGUCUCGGCGGUUCACAUGUAGGAUACUGCUAUAUGUACUUGCUUGAUUAUUGGUUGUCGCGAUAUAAACCGCUACGCAGAUUUGCCGACGUGCCACCGAAUACAACAUACAGCUGGUGGCGCUUAUUAUAGAAGCCGCACUGAUUUGGCAGCCAUACUUCCGGCCCCGUCAAUAAUAAGCACAAUUGUGUUAAUUCGGCACUGGGUCGGCUUUAUGGUUAUUUUCUGUUUAGCGCGGCAUAUAUGCAUGCUACCGCAUAACGUUAUAAAAGUGCUGACAAGUUAGUUAGAGAAGAAAAUGACACAUCACCGCUGAUACACUUGCACAUGGUAUUUUUCCGCGGCUUGUUGCAUUUUCUGGAUUAUGGUGAGCCAUACAUAAGUAUGUGGUCUGUUGAGGCAGCCGGAUUCACAUAAUUAAUCAUGCAUAAUGACCGGAGCAGACGUUUGACAUGAUUGUGAAUUGAUGCUGUUGUACCGAUCUGGUGUGGCAUCUGUGUGUUUCCAAUCGAUCGUGACAUUUUCGGAUUGUAUUCCAUUUGUGCAACCGGCAGCCCCGCAUCAUUCAUCAGCUUUUUAAUAAGUACUUAUCGCAUUACUGUUUUUAUUUUAUUCCAUUAUGAUUUCUACGAUGUUUUGAUCUGGGUAACAAACCAGUUGCUGUGGGAAUGUCGUCAAGAAAAUCCCGAAUAAAAACCACGAAGAGUCUUCCCGACCUGAAGGCCAAACAGGCCCGCACGAUGCCGACAUCAGCGGCCAUCCCCAUUAAUAACCAUCACAAUGGGCGACCGGCCAGCAGUACACCCGGCGAUGCGAAAAGUCUCCUGCCAUAUAAAGAAGAGAAUUACUGCUCCAAAGUCCUCAUGGGAUCCUGGCAGGAGCGUCGUAUUACCGAAUCUCUCCCCAAAGUCCCUUUUGAAGAGGCCUACAUGCUGGGCGAUAAGGCGACCGCCGAGACGGCGACAACAAAUGGCCGCCAGCCGCGCCCGGCCUCUGCUUGCCCGCUUACGCGCAAAGACUGCCUGCACGACGCCAUCGACCACGCAUACCGUGUCAGUCGUAAGGAAUUUUUAAAAAAUAAAACCCACUUUAAUUCGGAAUCCGUGGACGAUGUGCACCACCCGGAGCCCGGCACCCCGGCCAACGAUCAGGGCGCAGCCAAGCACACCCUGUACCAUCAGACAUACACACUGCGUAAUCCCCGCAUAACCGGCAGCCAAGUGCACAUUUCUGCGGUGGGCGUGCCGGAGAUGCAGUACGGAUUGGGUGCGAAGUUAACGAAGAAAUGGGCAAAACAGCGGGAGGACGCUAUGGAUCUGACAUGGAAGAGCACGUAUCAGGCCACAUAUCCGGCCGAUCAAUUGAUCCCGGUUGAGAGGAAAUAUUUGAAUUCCCGAUGGAGAACACAAGAGGGAUGUAUUGUGAUUGGGAAUCCGCGUACAGCGGGUACUGUACAUGUGGACAGCGAGGCUGAGCCUGUUCAGUCUAACAGGCCGGUGUCACGGAAACAGCCACGCUCAACACCAUGUUAAGGCUGCUAGACGGCACAUAUUUUGACCUUGAAGACCCUUUGAUUGAAUGCGUCAUCUUCGGGUUGGUGGGCAGCUGCAAAUCUUUGAGGGGAUUCUUUAAAACGGGGGCUCUGCUGUUUUUGUAUUGAUCUCACUUUUCCAACCAUGCAGGAAGCUUUGUCGGUACAGGCGUACGAGUAUAGUAAUGCUAGCGGUUUUAUUUGUAAUUUACGUUUGCUAUUCUUGCUGUUUGGAUAACCCGUGAUAACAAUUGUUAACUGUUGACAUAGUCAGGAAUAACUUUUAUAAGAUUUACGCCAUGAAGCAUUGCUGAUAUAAGUGGGCAUAUUUAAUGCAAUGUAAAAUGAAUGCGUUUCGUUUAAAAAAAAUUAAAGGUUUAUUCCCUAAUGAUAAACUACUGUGUGGUUACCCGAUCUAUACCAGUAGGUUGGC